AUGAUGGCUGGUAAUUUAACCAAUGACCAACGAAAAUGGAUACUUAAACAAUACUGGAAGACGGAGAAUGCCGAAAAGGUUCGACAGAAAUGGGCUGAAGAAUUUGAUACACCUUCUCCAAGUAGACAAACAAUUUAUAGAAUACGUGAUAAAUUUGAUGAAACUGGGUCCAUCUGUAAUGCUCCAAAAAGUGGUCGACCAGUCAGUAUUACCACCCAGGAAAAUGAAAUAUUAGUAAGUCAGGCAUUUACAGAGAGCCCAAAAAAAUCAAAACAACGAGCUUCUGUUGAAUUGGGCAUUUCUUGUAGAUCUUUGAGUCGUCUUAUGCAACGUUUAGGUUUGAAAACGUAUCGGCCAAGAUUGCUUCAUGGGUUACUAGAGGAUGAUCCAGAUCGUCGUUUACAAUUCUGUGAAGUGGUUCUGAAUGAAGAAAGACAAGGCAAUAGCAUCAUUGAUAAAAUUACGUGGUCCGAUGAAGCUCAUUUCAAACUUUCAGGUGCUGUAAAUCGGCACAACUGUGUCUACUAUUCAAGAGAGAAUCCCCAUGUAAUGAUAGAAGGACAGUUGAAUCAGCCAGGGAUUACAGUUUGGGCAGGUCUUUCCUGUAAAGGGGUACUUGGACCUAUUUUUUUCCAUACAACUGUUACACACGACCUGUAUCUCAACAUGCUAAGGGGCACCGUUUUGCCACAAUUACAGAGACAGCAUGAUAAUGAUGAUUUCUUCUUUCAGCAAGACGAAGCUCUUCCACACUGUGCUGUAACAGUACGUGAAUUUCUUGAUGAACAAUUACCCAACAGGUGGAUAGGUCGACGAGGGCCAGUGGAAUGGCCACCACGAUCACCAGACCUCAGUCCAAUGGACUUCUUCUUUUGGGGUGUUGUCAAAGAUAAAGUCUUUUCACGAAAACCACGUACUGUGGAUGAUAUGAUUCGUUGCAUAAGAGAAGCAUGUCAAGAAAUUGAUGACAAUAAAGAACUCUGUGUCAAAGUGUGCUCAAAUAUAGCAAGUCGGCUACAAGAAUGUGUAAAUAAUGAAGGCCGGCAAUUUGAGAACUUACGAGAUUAUACCUAA